UAAAAACAAACCGGAAGUUUACGUUUGUGGCAGUGUAUUUCGUAGAAUAUUUACGUAUUUUAAUCUACAAUAAUCGAGCAGUUUGACAUUCUGAUAUGAAGCCUGCGUAGUCACCUGAAUAUUUUAUAUUGCAGCGGUGUUAAUUAAACAAAACAUUUUCACAAAAAAGACCGCACAAUUGUCAAAAUGGUUGACACUAAUACCACAAUGAAUGUGAAAUUUGCCGUGGUUUGCUCUAGCAAUCAAAAUAGAAGUAUGGAGGCACACAAUAUUCUCAGUAAGCGUGGAUAUCGUGUCAAAUCGUUUGGGACCGGAAGCCAAGUUAAACUGCCGGGUCCAGCACCAGAUCGUCCAAAUAUUUACGAUUUCAACACCACUUAUGAUGAGAUGUAUAAUGACUUGGUGGACAAAAACCCAGAAUUAUAUACACAAAAUGGAAUCCUACACAUGUUGGACAGAAAUAGACGAAUCAAACCAAAGCCAGAGAGGUUUCAAUCAUGCAUGGAAAGAUUCAACGUGAUUGUGACGUGUGAGGAGCGUGUGUAUGACCAAGUGAUUGAUGAUUUGGAGAAUCGUUUAAAGGACCAAUGUGAGCCAGUACACAUUAUCAACCUUGAUAUACAGGAUAACCACGAAGAGGCAACUAUUGGAGCUUUCAUGAUUUGUGACCUGGCUAGCAUGUUGGUGGAAUCGGAUGACCUUGAUAAUGACAUGGAUGAAAUUAUUCAAGAUUUUGAAACUAGAGCACAGCGACCUAUUCUCCAUACGGUUAUAUUCUAUUGAACAGUCUGGACAUUUUUAUCCAUUCUGGAAUGGAUUGUCAUUUUAGAUUGUACAGAUCUUGUGUUUGGUGAACAUUUCAUGUUAUUUGUCCUUAUGACACUCUGUGAACAGUUUGUAAUUGUACACUUGCAGUGAUAAAGAUUGAAUUGAGUGUGUUUGUACAUGCUCAUAAGAAAGAGUUGAUAGUCUUUCAUUUCAAUUUAGCAAACAUAUUACUUUUAUUUGUCAUCAUGCAGGAUUUACAUUUAGUUAACAGUGAGAUGUAUCUAUGGACAUCAAUUGUAUAGGUAAAACAAUCAGUUUUAUCUGUACUCAGAAAUAGCUUUGUUGAUUGUAAAUUAUAUUUGCAGUUAUGUGCACUUGUUAAGACAGACCAAUGGCUUAUUUACAGUAUUCAGUAACUGCUUUAAGAAGUUUUGGUCUGAAUUGAUAUAUCAUAAGAUUAUGUCAAACAAUUUUUCUGACGUUAAUCAUACACACAUUAUGUAUUUUAAGAAUGAUGGAUGAUUGAAUUAAUGGUUUGGCAAAAAAAUUAUUUUUGAAAUUGUUCCAUAAAAUGUAUUUUAUUAUACAUUUAACUCUGAACAAUGAAUGCUUCCAUUCAGGAGUAACAAAGAUAAUGAUGUCAUAUUCAGGAGACAAGGGAGGUAACUCUGAGUCAGAAAAGUUCCAUCUUAGAGCUGUUAGGAACUAAGAGGCUCUUUUCAAAAUCAUUCUUGUUGUUAUGAAUGAGAUAAGCACUAGACAUGCUGGGAAUAAUCUUUUUGAAAUUAAAAUCGUAUUGGGACUUAUCUGGUUGUAAGUGAGAGAAUUAUUAAAAGCUUGAAUUGUUUUUUAAUGUACAAUUAAGACCUUUAAAAUAGACAUUAAACAAAUCUACUUCUAAUUAAGUUGUCAAAAGAUUGAAAUUGGAGAUAAGAAGUUGGUUAGGUAAAUUGUAAGGGAACAGAUAUCAGAUAUGUAUAAAUAGAUAAUUAUAUUUUUAUUUUUAAUUAUCAUAUAAUGAUAUGUGGUGUUAAGAGGAUGGACCACCCCCUGUCAAGACACGACAGAAUAUUUGUUUUCUUUUCUGUGAUGAUGUCCAAUACCUUUAGAAUAUAGGAAUGAAAUGUACAUAUUCCUUACUUGUCUGAAUCUUAGUUUUGUAUAAUUAAAAUAUUUCAAAUGUCAAAAGACCAAAAUAGUGCUAUGAAAUGUAUCAAAUAACUGCACUUGUAUUUGUAGUAUACAGGUACAUGAAUGAUGAAUGCUGUGAGAAUAUGUCGCAGUCUGGGGUAAAGGAAGUUUUUAGUCAAGUUUACUUGUAUUACACAAAAUUUUCAAGGUAAAAAGUAAUAAACAGAUUUGAAUCACAGGGUACAAAUACAACCUGUCGUCCUUGAUCAGUAAUGUAUGUGUUAGAUAGUACCUAUAUGGAUGGUGGGUUGAGCCAAGUCACUGUCAUGGUAUGAAUAUGUAUGGAGCGAUAUUCAGCAAAAAAAAAAACUUGAAAAUUUGAUCUAUUGUAUUUUUUGUGCUGUUGUUAUCAUAGCUUACUUAGUCAUUUAAGCGUUUGACUCGGAGCUUAUUCAUAGUGUUAAUUGUCUGUACACCAAUGAUGGUAGUACAGUAAUAUGACACCACUUUGGAUGUUUAUGGUUUGUUUAUAAAGUGGGGAUUGUAUAUGCGUUGUAGACCUAUAAAGUGUUUCUCUGCCAUUCUUCAUCUUUUAUAUGACUCCAGUGCCCUACAUUAUGCUUUAAUUGGUACCUAAAUUUUGGGUACAUUAGUCAAUUUGAAGUAUGGCUUCAGUAAAUGGAAUAGCCAACAUCCAGUAUAUUAGACUGAUUUGUAUCAUACAGGGGAAGUGAACAGACCUUUUAUGAUUAACUGAGUAAUUGUAAAAAAAAACCCAUUAAUUUAUGAAAAAUAAGUUUAUUUUUGAUAUUUUGUUUGAUACUUUAGUUUGAUAUUAUUUUCGACAUUUUUGCCACUUGUGGUAAAGUUAAUAAUUAAGUGAUGAUGACUUCACAUUCUCUGAACUAAAUACAAUACAAAUUAUACAUAUUGAUUAAUGAAGGGAGACAUUUUUCACAAAAAGAUCUUUACAAAUAACUACAUAAAUUGUCAGUGUUACACAAUUGUGAAUAGGAGGUGCAUCAAGAUAUCUAGAAUUCAUCAUGAUUAAGUUUUGUUCACGAUAAUAAUAAUGGUACAAGAAUGACACCCACCUGUUAUGAUGUUCUUGACAAUUGUUAUAUCUUGCGUAACAAUGUACAUUUGAUGAAUAUGUAAUAAAACAUGCCAAAUAUCA